CGCGUCUCAUCCACUCUGUAAUCUCUACUACUCACCUGGCUUUUAACAUCAUCUUGGCGCAAGAAUCAGCUCUCCGUUAUUGCACAUGGAAGGAAACACCGGCAACCAAUCUGUUAAGGAGGUCGCUGUGGUUACAGGAGGGAACAGAGGAAUCGGGUUGGAAAUAUGCAGGCAACUGGCUUCCAAUGGAGUCACGGUAAUAUUGACAGCAAGGGAUGAGAAGAGGGGUGCCGAAGCAGUCAGCAUCCUUGGCACGCUUGGGCUAUCCAACGUCCUGUUUCAUCAACUGGACGUCAGCGAUCCGUCGAGCGCUGUGCGUUUAGCUGAUUUCAUCAAGGAGAAGUUUGGCAAGCUGGAUAUAUUGGUCAACAAUGCAGCAAUUGCUGGGACGACAAGUGAGAUUGGCAACCCAGAAACUUUUCGGCAAGAGGUCGCCGGCAUGGAACUCAAGGAGAGGGUUGAUAGAAUCAGAAAGCACAUGACGGAACCUUACAAACAAGCAGAAGAGUGCUUAAGGACCAACUAUCAUGGGACCAAAGCUGUCACAAAAGCAUUGCUUCCUCUCCUACGGUUCUCAUCCCAUGGAAGAAUCGUUAACAUAUCAUCUCGCUAUGGACUGCUCAGGUUUUUCCGUGGAGAGGAACUCAAACAGGAGCUCAGCAACAUCGACAACUUGUCUGAAGAGAGACUGGACGACUUGUCUGAAUUGUUCCUCAAAGACUUCAAGGAUGGCCAAGUGGAGCGUCGUGGAUGGCCUACGGAAGGAGGGUUCAUUGCAUACAAAGUGUCCAAGGCUCUUAUGAAUGCUUAUUCCAGGAUCCUUGCAAAGGAACAUCCGUCGUUGUGCAUCAAUUGCGUGCAUCCUGGUUUUGUCCAAACAGACAUGAGCUUUCAAGUUGGAGAUCUCACAGUCGAGGAGGGCGCAAGGGGAGCUCUCAUGAUGGCGCUGGCGCCAAAGGGAGGCAUGACUGGUGGUUUCUUGAACCGCACAGAGGUCGCGCCAUUCGUGUAAUAUGCUUGCAACUACGUGGAUCAUUACAGGCAGUAAUAUUGGUAAUCAACCGGAAAAUGAUGCUAUAUACGGCAUUGGUGUGGUGCUACAAUUCUUUGCAACUAAUGCAUGUUAUUUGUGUUUAUGU